AUGAAGCGAGAAAACUGGUUUCCUACUACAGCCAGUUACCUCUGUACAGCUCAUUUUGAAGAGAAAUAUAUGUACCACACAAAUGUCCAGAGGCGCCUUUUGUCAAAACCAGUACCUACUAUCUUUAACUUUCCACCACAUUUACAAAAGCAAGAUAAAGUAAUACGACCACAACCCAGAAAGCGAUCUUUCGACAAUUUGCAAGAUAGUGCUAUUACAGUGACAUCAUUAGCACAAAUGCCUGUCGGACCCACAUCUGUUUCUGCUGACCACAAUUACUGUCUACCAAGCCCUAAGAAGUUGAAAACACAAUAUAACAGGGUACAAGCAGAGAAUGUGCGACUAAAGAAGCGGAUAAAGCAAAUGAAGCAACUUAGUGUAUGA